AACAACAGGAAACGGAUAGGUAUAAAAGAGCAGUACAUGCGUUUGGAUGCGACAAGCUGUGUUUGGGGCUGCUGGCAGUAGAUUGCAAUCCCGCAACAGUACAGGGACUUGGAAGACGGGCCUGUGCGAUUUGUUUUACCGCAACGACGCCAAUUAAGCUUUCACCAUGAGGGUGGCGUGUCUCUUUGUACUUCUCGUCCCAACUUGUGUUCUUGGACAGAGCUUCUUGCAGAGAGCCCUGUCUGAUCUAGCUCAAGGCGGGCGGAAGGUGUGUCCUUACUGCCCGUACUGUGUGUAUUGGUCGCGGUGCGGCGGUAGGUGCACCCGGCCCGAGUGCGCCGCCUGUGGGUACCGCUUCCACUGUUCUUCCACGUGUGUGACGCUUUGUCUACAGCCCGAAACUACAACACCUCGUUCUACUACUACAGCAACUACAACGCCCGCCUCUACAACCACUGAGCCAACGACACCGCUAGCGACUACAACUCUAAACCCAACAACGACAACCCAAAAUACUACAUCCCCCGCAAGUCCAGGUCCGUCAACUUUUCCCCCAAGUUCGUCGCCCGAUCCGUCGGCUUCUCCGUCAUCCCCUCCCGAAGACUCCGGUUGCGAGGAGCGGGGAGGGUACUGCGAAGAGCGUAGCUACUCCUGCCCGGGUCGCUACGUCUUCCACGGCGGGCUUUGCACUGACCGCCCCGGACGGGUCUGUUGCCUGCCUCACGAGGAUCCCCUGUGCCGAGAGAAGGGCGGAAUCUGUCGGGGCGAUGCGCGCUCUUGCCCGAGAGGAUACCACGAGGGAGGCGCUAGCUGCACGGGGCCUAGCAACAAAAACAAGCGGUGCUGUCUACCAGACCCCACCACUCCAUCUCCUACUACCCAGAUGCCUUCUACAACUGAACCGUCUUCAACUCCACCUCCAACCACCACUCCGAAAGCUACGCCACCACCGCCAUCAAAAUGCGGUAAACUGAAAAUGGUCAGUCGGGGAGGGUGGGGUGCUAGACCGCCGAAGAAACGCACGUCGUUCGGUAGUCCUCCGAGUAAGGUUGUCGUUCAUCACAGUGACGGUUACUUCAGACACCUGUUUACGUGGAGUUACUCUAGCCUGGCCGACUACAGGGAAAGGGUACAGGAUAUACAAGAGGGCCACUUUGACAGGGGGUUCGACGACAUCGGCUACAACUUCCUCAUCGACGGUUUCGGCAACGUGUAUGAAGGACGUGGCUGGGACUACAGUGGCGCCCAUGUCCCGUGCUGUAACAGUUUCGCCCUCGGUAUCAACUUCCUGGGCUACUUCGAGAACUCCACACCCACCGCAGCGGCUCGGGAGGCCGGGGAAAACCUCAUCGCCUGCGGGGUAGAGAUGGGGAAAAUACGGCAAGGCUACGACUUGAACUGUCACCUCGACCUCGGGGCGGCAAGCGGGGAUACGGACUGUCCGGGUGCAGCUCUUUGUCGCUACGCUAGGAGGCAUUACAGUGGUCUGUAGACUUGAACUGUGACGUCGACUUCGAGCGGCUAGAGGGAAUACGGACUGUCCGGGUGCAGCUCUUUUCCGCUACGCUAGGAGGCAUUACGGUUAAACCUGAACUGUCACCUCGACCUCGGGGCGGCUAGUCCACGUGCAUGCAGUUCUUUGCCGCUACGAUAGGAUGCAUUAUAGUGCAUAGUCUGUAGACUUAUAAAUGGACGGAUAUAUGUUUCUCUUUGAUGUUUACAAUGAUGUUUAUGUAGCGGUAUUAAAUAUGUCGGCAAAAUCACAAAAUAGAACACUUCUGUAGAAGUGGUGGAUAAGUUCCUUUUGGCAAUUGAACGCUUCAGAAAUGAUUUAGUUACCGUUGACAUCUUUCUUGUCUGAGUGAAGUAAUUUUUGUAUCCGACAAAUAUCUGUAUGUAGCAGGUGAACAUGAUCAGUACGUCUAUCACUGUCCUGUUCUAUUGCUAUAUUUGAUGAAGAAACAUAAGAUGAUUACUGUCGAUUUUCUUACAUUGCUAAAGUUGUUAUAUUUCUUAUUAAUUGCCAAGAGAGCAACUUGCAGUGGAUGCUUAUAAGGAUUUUUUAUAAUGAAAACUAGGUAGUAAUUUGACCAGAUUCAGUUACUGCUUACAAAGUAACGCUUUCAAAUUACUGCCUACGGUAGUAUGUCUAUACAAUUCCACAGCUCAAAAUAUCAAAACUUUUAUACUUGAUAUGAAUAAAGUGUUUCAAACUCCAAGCAAAGAAGAGUGGCUGGAUAUUAAAAUUUUGAGUUGUCAAUAAUCUUUAAA